CAGCACCUAAAAGAACCAUUACGAACUAUUAGUUCUGCUCGUAGGGCGUGCUUCGCAAUAUGAAAGCACUCCUACUUAUCCUCUCCGGGACGUUGGGUAUUGCCCUGGCUGCAUCAGCAGAAUGCACUUCGGAAAACGCCUUAGUAAGGAAAGAAUGGAGAGAGCUCGAUUCCGCUGAGCGAAAUAACUAUGUCGAAGCGUUGUGGUGCCUACGCGAUCGCCCGUCUAUCCUAUCCAACGAGACCUACCCCGGGGUCCGGGACCGAUGGGAUGACUUUGUUGCGACUCAUAUCAACUACACGAACAACAUCCAUUUUAAUGGGCUUCUUCUUCCAUGGCACCGCCAAUUCGUCUACCUCUGGGAAGUGGCACUGCGCGAGGAAUGUGGAUACAACGGCAGCGUACCGUAUUGGAACUGGGCCCUCGACGCAGACAACAUAACCGAGAGCCCAGUAUUCGACGGCAGCUCUACCUCGAUCUCUGGCAACGGUGUAUACGAUCCGAACGCACCGGCACCCUGUUCCCCCGGAGGGGUAUGCUUCCCCCGAGGAGUUGGCGGGGGUUGUGUCGAGUCGGGACCAUUCAAAGACUUACAAGUGCACAUGGGACCCAUUCCUGCCGCUCUAGUUAAGUCGUACGGUCCGAUCCCCGACAGCGCGUGGGACUACAAUCCGCGAUGUUUAUACAGAAACCUGAGCCCGGAUAUGCUGGCAGCGCUGAAUAAUCAGACUGUGGUUGAUCGAAUGCAAGCAGCCACCAACAUUAAAGAUUGGCUCGCUGUCAUGUCCCCGAGUGACCCUAGUGUGUUGAACCCACACAGCGGCGGCCACGGUUCUGUGGGAGGUGCCAUGGGUGAUUUCUUUGCGUCGCCUCAGGACCCCUCGUUCAUGUUGCACCAUGCAUUUAUUGAUAGGCUGUGGGCGCAGUGGCAGGAUCAGGAUCCGGAGAAUAGGCGAUAUGCUGUAAAUGGUACUACUAUUGUCUAUGAUCCGCCGGGUGCCCCAUUGGUCACGCUUGAUACUCUGGUUGAGUUUGGGGCGCUGAAUCCCCCUCGGAAGGUUAAGAAAAUGAUGGAUCCGUUGAAGAAUGGUUAUUGUUACACUUAUACUUGAUUGCUGGGUUUUCUUAGUUUGAGAACUUGUCAUGGUCUUGAAUUCAUAGAAUCCAUUCUUCCCCAGUACAUUCUCACCUGCAUAUCUACCC